UUACAGUGUUAUAAUUUAAAAACAGUAUGGAAAAUGUAAAAUAAAAAUGAAUUUGAAGCGCAAAAAUACUCAAUGCGGACAGUCAAGAAAAUGAUUCAGUGUGAUAAGACUCGUUUAAAACAGCAAUUAAAUCAAAUAUUACAUUCGUUGGGCAGUUGGAAGCGUCUGUAAAUAAAAAUAGACUUCACAAAUGCAUCAAUUCGUUAUAAUUAAAGUGUAUGUAAAUAGACCAGUGAACGAACGAAUGAGACCGAAUGGAACCAAGCACACUUGAGUACACUUUGGAGUUUACACUUGCGUGUGUGUAUAUUUAUUUUUAACAUUUUAUUUAUUUAUCGUUUGUUUUUUUUAAGAACGUUUUUGAAAUAAGUGUGAAAAAUAGUUGUUUGAAUGUUAUGACGUUGCGUUUUCGCGAAAUAUUUAUAGUUUCGUCCGCUUGUGUGGUGACACGAAUCCUGAGUUAUUUUUGUUCAGCAUUUUUGUAACUGCUUAUUAAAUGAAACGGUAACACCGAGAUGCCUCUGCCGUUGUUAAGGAGAUGCUGCGGUUGCCUCUCACUGCGCACCGGCUGCUUCAUACUGUGUAUUAUGUCCACUAUGGCCUGUGCCGCGAACAUAGCAGCCGGGGCCUGGAACCUGCCUCGUCACAGAGAGAGGGAGCCAGAGGAUAAUCUUAUAUCUAUGAGCAUGGUGAUGUUCUCCACACUGUCGGCUAUCAGCAAUCUUAUUGCGCUGUUUGGGAUUAUACUGAAACGUCCGUCAAAGCUGCAGUUAUCGCUGGUGUUCAACUCAGUGUUCAUAUUCUGCAUAUUCCUGGUCGCCAUAGUGACGUGUCUGUUUAGACUGGACGACUUCCUCCGGGUUCCCGGGAACAUCGUGCUUAUCUUGUUCCUAUUGAUUGCGGGGGCUGUAUAUUCCCUGUACUACCUGACGAUGAUCAACAGUCUAUACAGGAUAAUGAAGAUGGCGUACGGAGAGAGCGCUAUCCCCGUCUGAAGGAGUAUCAACUUGCCAGUAUUUUGUUGUUAUUUAUUGAAGUUAACAUCAUGUAUUAAGAAUCUCAAAGUCUUCGAAGGAAAAUACUUCCUGAUUUCGCAAUUGCUUGUAACUGUGGUUCCUGAAAAGUAGAUUUCUUUUAAGAAGAGUGUUGAAAGAUGCUGUGUUUAAAUGGAUUGGUAGUGUAGUUCCAGUUUGAUAUGAUGAGGCAAAUAUUAAGAACUUGCAGUAUUUUAUUUUCUUUUGAAAUGUAUUUAGAAUGAUUUAAAAUGUAACGAAACAAUUUAGAUUCUAGGGACAUUUUGUCAGAAAAAUAAAGACCUGUGUUACCUCGAAACCACUAAGUUUUAACUUUGUAGGAAAGUUUAUUUGACGAAUCGAAAAUUUGCAGACCUAACCCAAUGAUUAAAGAAAAAUCUUUUAUAUCCAAAUAUUUCGAACUGUUUUUUUAUAUUGAUAAUAUUAUUUGUAGAUCACGUAAUUGAUACAAGUUGGGUAUAGUUCCUAAAUAUAGUAGGAAUACGUAUGUAAUUAUAUAGAAAGUAUUAAAAAAACUGUUUUCUUUUACGUAGCUAGUGCAUUUAAUCAUUAACGAAAUGAAUUCUGUAGACACAUUAGGUAUUUGCUUUCUUCUUUCCUAUUCAUUAGUACCUAAAAAAAUAAGAUAUGUGAGUAUUCAAAAUAAUUACAUGGGUAGAUAAAAUAUUGAUAUGAAAUUAUGUGCAAAACUCGUGCCUUCAAUGUUGUAAAACUGUAGAUAACCUAAGAACUUACUAUGUUAUUACAAACCGUUACAAUGUGGAAUCGAUAUUUACUGACACAUGUUUAUCUGUUUAUGUAAACAUAAGUUACAUAGCAAUCAUCCGUUCACUCUUAAAGAAAUAGGUUUCUUUCAAGAACCUAUUUAUUUCUUUUCAAAAACCUACACUUUUCUUCUAACAGUUCUAAGCCCAUUUUCGCCCGUUGUUCUUUAAGCAACGGUUUACUUUGAAAACUGACACUAAACAGUUGUUUUAAUUUAAAAAAGUGACGGUUAUGUUAUCAGUGAACUUAAAACUACAUACUACUAAGCUAUAAUUAUGAGCAAGAUAAACUUAAUGGAAGACGAAAUAUGUACCUAUACCUAACUUAUUGUAAAUAUCCGCUCCAUAUAUAUUUAUCAUUCAUAUAUAUUUUUAUCUUCUACCACUUUACUGCGCGUGCGUCAGUACUGGUAUUUCUACAGGGUAAUGACAACAGGAACGAGUAUCAAUAACACUAUCCCUUUGUGUUAAUUUCUGUACAUGAAUGAAUGAUUCAUUCAGUAACUGACUUUGGGGAAUAACAACUUUUGAAAAUAGUGCAUAAGUACUUCUUCCUUAAUUUAGGCUGAGUUGCACCAUUUAAUUGUAACAAUGACCAAACUAUAAUAGAAAGCCGUAUACUUGCCACCCUUUGGUCAAAUCAGCGAUUUCACUACUGAAAGUGGUUCGGUUAUCGUUAUAGUUAAAUGGUGCCCACCGUCAGUUUUAUCCGAAAGAGGCUAGAAAACAUACAAAUACUUGGGUAUCUAAGCAGGUGCGACUAGUUUGACGUUUCGAAAGAGCUUUCAUAGGCCUAUUUGAUUUUUUUUUUUUUACUUUGACUUUGUUUUAUUUACGGUAUUUUAAACAUUUCUGUAAGUAUAUCUACAAUUCUGCAUAAUUUGUGUGAAAUACACGUUUGAAAACUAGGUAUUUUUAGACAGUAAUUGGAAAUUCCAAUUAACUGACUUUGAUUAUUAAGGGCUGAAAGAGUUUCUUUGUUUAGCUAUUUUGUAUGCGAUUUUUUUUGAAAAUUCGCUGUUGUGAAAACCCGCUGAGACUUCUUCUAAUCUUCUGUCAAACUCGAAUUGUUGAAAAAAUGGUGUGUAGUGAAAUAUAAAAUAGGUUUCUUUAUUUCUAAUUUAGUAAGCAAGCCCUGCAAGUUUUGCUUUAGUAUUUUAUUUGUGUAUAUACGUAAUGUAAAUGUAUAGCUGAGUCUUAACUGAUUAUGAACCUAUAUAUUCAUACUUUUGUAAUGACAAAAUCAAAUCGAAUGUAACUAGAAUUAAAAAUAUUUAUUGUUUUUAUAAUACUGUAUAGUGUAUAGCUUGUGAAGUCUUCGACUGCUUAACUAUUAGGAAUGUAAUACAAUGGAGACUGCCUUGUAAUAAAUGUUGUUUAAAUAAUGAAAUGAAUGAAAAAAUAUACGAGUAACAGUUUGCUAUCAA